AUGAGCAAAGAACGAAAUGAAAAUGAAUCUAAAGAUGAUAGAACUCAACAUAGAAUAUUUGGUUAUUCAUUAUCUGAUAAAAGGGCAGAAAAAAAUUGUAUUUAUAUUCAAGGUAAGCGUUAUACUUUUGAAGCAGCCUUAGGAAGCAAUGGUAUUAUUGCUUAUAAAAUUAAAGAAGAUGCAAUAUCAAGUGAUGAUUUUUAUGAUUUUAUAACUCAGGAUUUAAACCCAAAAGCAUUUUAG